AUGUCUAUAACCUUUGGAUUUCAGAAUGACAAUGAUGGUGGAUCUGAGCCUGUCGCCAUCAUUGGAAUGUCCUGCCGCUACUCUGGAAUGGCUGAUACACCCGAUGGCUUGUGGCAGAUGCUCUCGAAGGGUAUGACAAGCUGGUCUAGAAAUGCCCGGGACCGGUUCAAUAUUGACUCUUUCUGGCAUCCGAAAAGCGAGCUCAGUGGAUCUUUCAAUGCCAGCGGAGUUCACUUACUCAGACAAGAUCUAGCUGCGUUCGACAAUGAUUUCUUCAACAUCAGCGGUUUAGAGGCAAUGUGCAUGGAUCCCCAGCAGCGCCUCAUGCUAGAGGUAGCAUACGAGACAUUUGAAAAUGCAGGAAUUCCCAUGGAAAAACUUGAAAAUUCCGAAACUGGAGUAUACUGUGCCUUGUCGUACACGGACUACGAUGAGAUUUUAGCACGAGAUCCAGAGUUACCAGCGAGCUAUCGCUUUACGGGUACUGGAGCAUCGAUACUUGCCAAUCGCAUAUCGUAUUUCUUCGACUUGCAUGGGCCCAGUUUAACCAUUGACACCGCAUGUUCAAGUACUUUAGUCGCGCUUCACGAAGCCUGCCGUGCUAUUCACAUGGGUGAUGUUCGCCAGGCUUUGAUCGGCGGUGCAAACCUCAUCAUGGACCCGGACAAACUUAUAGCCCAAUCUUCCAUGCAGUUCUUGUCACCAAGCGGCCGAUGCUAUAGCUUUGACUCUCGUGCCAGUGGUUAUGGCCGAGGCGAAGGAGUCUCAGCUAUUUUGAUAAAGCCGCUUAGCACGGCCCUCGCAGACGGAGAUUCCAUUCGCGCUGUCAUUCGUGGCACAUCAGUCGUCAACGACGGCAGAACACCCGGUAUCACAAUGCCAUCGGUAGACUCUCAGACAGCUGCCAUUUGGAAAGCCUAUCAAGAUGCGGGGCUGAAUCCAGCUGAUACACCAUACGUGGAAGCACACGGAACGGGAACUACGGCAGGAGAUAAGACAGAGGCAGUGGCGUUUGCGAAUACGUUCGGCAAAGGUAAAAGAAACGAGAAAAUCUUCGUCGGCAGCGUGAAGUCUAAUCUGGGGCACCUCGAAAACGCAUCUGGCUUAGCGUCAAUAAUCAAGACUGUCCUUGUUUUGGAGAAUGGCAUAAUUCCGCCCAACCCGACUUGGCGCAAGCCAAGUGAGCAACUUGGACUAGAUGAGAAGAGUAUCAUUAUUCCGACGGCUUGCACACCAUGGCCCGCGGGCACUGUGAAACGGGCGUCUAUUAACAGCACGGGUUAUGGUGGAACGACGUGUCAUGCAGUCAUCGAAGCAGCACCAGCUACUGCAUCCACUACGGUUGUCUCUGGAUCUCGUCAAGGUUCGAGUCACGGCUACAUUCGAGAGACAAAUUCUGCAGACCGGCCCAGUGUUUGUUUCGUUUUCACAGGUCAAGGGGCUCAAUGGGCCGGCAUGGGUCGGGAGUUAUUAACAGCCUAUCCAGUAUUCGCACGUGCAAUAUUGGCAGCCGAGCAGGAACUUAUCCAGUUGGGAGCAAAUUGGAGUUUAAUAUCAGAGCUGUCGAUGCCAUCGGAGAAGUCUAUUAUCGACGAAGCUCACGUGGCGCAGCCUUCUUGUACCGCGAUACAGAUUGCGCUUGUUGACCUGCUUACAUCAUGGGGCGUUCAGUCCCGUUUCUUCUGCGGUCACUCCAGCGGAGAGAUAGCGGCUGCAUAUGCUGCCGGUGUUUUGACAAAAGAGGAUGCUCUUCGGGUCGCAUAUUUUCGCGGUGUUGCUGUUAGCCAGCUGAAAAAACUCCACCCUGAUCUUGAAGGAAGCAUGCUUGCCGUUGGUAUCUCUGAGACUGGUGCUAACCAGUUGAUUGAAGACUUUCGAGACCAGGUUGUAAUUGCAUGCAUUAACAGCCCGUCUAGCGUCACACUAUCAGGUGAUAAGUCGGCACUGAAGCAGCUACAAACGCGCCUGGAAAGUGAGAGAAUUUUCAAUCGCAUGUUGGCAGUGGAUGUGGCAUACCACUCCCACCACAUCGCCCGAGUUCAACAGACCUACCUCUGUGCACUAGCAGGAAUCUCCCCCCGUCAGGCAAAGACGGGAGCACAUAUCUUCUCUUCAGUAACAGGGCUCCCCAUACAGGGCAAGGAGAUGAGUGCAGAAUACUGGGCGCGGAAUCUGGUAUGCCCAGUGCGCUUCUCUGAUGCUGUCAGUGGCGUGCUUUCGACAAUUUUGGAGCAGAAAGGCUCGCUGGGUGCAACGGGACCGAGCCUACUGGUCGAAAUUGGGCCUCAUUCCGCGCUGGGUGGUCCGAUAGCGCAGAUCAUCAGGGUCUCGAGCGGUGCUGGGCCAAUCAGCUAUUCUUCUGUCCUGGUAAGAAAUGAGAGCGCGGUAAAGACUGCCCUUGACCUGGCUGGGAAACUUUUUACUCUUGGUGCUUUUAUAUCCCUUAAGGAGGUCAACCACCCCGUAGGAGAGACCCCUGGAGCUAUUCUAAAUGGAUUGCCACCUUACUAUUGGCAUCACGACAAGCUACACUGGCAGGAGUCGCGCCGAAGUAAGGCGUACCGCUUCCGAGAAUUCCCCCGACACGAGCUUCUCGGAACCCCGACCCUCGACAGCAUCGAUGAAGAACCGACCUGGAGAAAUUACCUUCGGACUGCGGAGCUGCCAUGGUUGAUUGGACAUUGCAUAACCGGACAAGUCAUCUUUCCAGCCGCCGGAUACAUUACCAUGGUCGUGGAAGCUUUGAGAGAGCGGUGCCUAGUGACUGGAACGCCCCCGUGGAAAAAACUCCUCGUCCGAUUCAAGGAUAUUAGUUUUGGGCACGCCUUGGUCUUCUCCGAGAACGAUGCUAUCGGGGUAGAGACGUUUCUUCACAUUCGACCUCAAACUCAAACUGCCCUAGACUCAUCCUCGACGUGGAAAGAAUUUCGAGUCUUCUCGUCUUCUCAGGGAGAAAGUUUCACGGAACACUGUCGUGGUUUGGUCUCGGUGAUCCCGGAUUGCAAUGCCCCGAGACAAGAUCCAGAUAACUUGAAUAAUGUAUCUUCGGAGCGCUGGAAGACGAUAAACUCUAGCAAGCUUUACAAAGAUAUCCGCGCCCUCGGGAACGAGUACUCAGGUCCUUUCAUGAGUCUCUCGAUGAUUCAAACACGCGAAGGGGAGUCUAAAUGUCGUUUCAAAAUCCCUAAUAUUCAAUCCUUGAUGCCUGGCGGAUAUCAACAGAAACACUGCUUGCAUCCGACAACGAUCGAGGCCUGCUUCCAAGCCGUAUUUCCAGCCUUGCACGCUGCAGGAAAAUUGCGCAGCUCAUCAGUACUCACGUCAAUUAACCAACUACAAAUAUCGACCAACAUUCCUUCCUUGCCAGACAGUGAGCUUUCCGUAGAAACGAGGGUUGAAGCCUUUUGUCUUUCGAAGUACUCAGCAUGGUUCAAUGUUUACGAUCCGGAUGACACACAGAGGGUACCUUUGAUCGAAGCAAAGGGGGUUGAAUACACUACGGUCCAGAAAGCUGAAAUGCCGGAGAGUAAGGAUGGAGCUGGGUCCACAUUGUGUCAUCGCCUUGAAUGGGACAUUGACUUAACGAUCUCUCCACUGGACCGCGUUGCGCAACACUGCCAGGAGAAUGUCGCAGCGUUCGGUCCACUUCACCUCCGCAGAAAUUGUGAUCCCUUCUGCAGAAGUGCAAUCCGUCGAACACUCGCUGCUCUGUCCCCAUCCGAUGAGGAGAUGAUCUCGGGGGACUUUGAUACACAAGUCCGGCAGCUCGGAGCCGUCGGAGAGGCCGUUGCGCACGUGGGGGCUCACCUUCGCUCAAUUCUGCUCGGAGACGUUCAUCCACUGACAGUGAUGCUGGAGAAUGACCUUCUCUACCGAUGUUACUUCGACGAUGAUAAUCUCAAUCGAUGCCAUAGCCAAAUGAUAAACUACAUCAAAUUGGCGCAGUUCAAGAAUCCCAGCAUCCGCAUACUUGAAAUCGGCGGUGGAACUGGCAGUCUAGCAGUGCCAUUGCUCGACGCUUUACUGAAAAAGCACGGCGCACGUUUGGGAAUUUAUGUCUUCACUGACAUUUCCACACUCUUCCUGGCACAUGCAAAGGGUCUCCUUGAAAGAUAUAAGUCCGUGGUAGAGUUCCAAAAGUUUGAUAUUGAGAUGCCCCCAGAGGAUCAGGGCUUUGACCUCGGGUCCUUCGACUUUAUCGUCGCCUCAAACGUCGUACACAUAACUAGAUCAUUGAAGAGCACACUGGGCAAUCUUCGAAAGCUGUUGAAGCCGGACGGCUCAAUGGUGUUCUUGGAAACCACCAACCCUUCAUUGCGAUGGGGUUUCUUCGCUGGAUCUUUGGCUGGGUGGUGGAAAGGUGUAAAUGACGGAAGGGAAAACUCACCAUUGCUGAACACUGAAAGAUGGGACAACGUCUUGAAAGAAAACGGCUUUUCUGGUGUCUCUUUGGAAAUGAAGGACUAUGAGUCGGAUGAAGAUCACGAAAUUAGCGCCCUGGUCACGAAAAACGUCCCGGAACAAGAGCCAUGUCUAUCCACACGAGGAGUAUCGAUUGUUACGGUGGAUAAGACUGUUGAGCUGGCCAAGGGGCUUGCAAUCCUAAUCAAGACAAAUGAAGAUAGCAUCACCGUCUCGCAAGUUCCCUUGCUAGAGGCGAAUGCCAGUGAGUGCAUCUACAUCAUGUUGCUAGAUCCUCUAGGUGGCGGGUUCCUGAGCGAGCCAAACGAGGCUGAAUGGGAGAAAGCGCGAGAGGUCAUAUGCCGAGCAAGUGGUGUUCUUUGGAUCACCCGAGGUGCAGCGGUAGACUGCAGCGAGCCACACCAUUCUCUUAUCACUGGUCUGGCGCGUAGUCUGCAUUCAGAAGACCACCAGCGCAAGCUGUUCACCCUGGAUCUUGAUCCUGGUGUCAUGUGUGUUGAUGACAUGGCUAAUAGCAUAUGGAAGGUUUUCCAGCAUACCCUCGGCAGCAGAGCACCACUGCAAUCUGAUUCGGAAUUUGAGUAUGCAUUGAGAGAUGGAAAGGUGUUGAUACCUCGAUUAAUGUUGGACGAGACCAUGAACAGCUACGUCCAGGAUACCGUAUCUCAUUUCCACCCUUGUCUGGAAUCCAAAAUUGAUCCCGAGCGGGCUCUACGCCUGCAGAUUCAGACUGCGGGACUGCUAGACACGAUUUUUUGGAAAGACAGCGUCUUGGAUUCUUUCCCUGUCAAGGACAAUCAAGUCCGCGUAAAGUUUGAAUUCAUGGCUCUCAAUUUUCGUGAUACGAUGAUUGCGAUGGGCCAACUCAGCAGUGACACAGAUAUUCUAAUCGAAGGCAGUGGCACUGUUGUUGGAGUUGGAAGUACUGCCCAAGCUAGGUUUGCUGUGGGUGACUCGGUCUGUGCUUUUGGUCCACGGGGACUUGCCACCACCAGCAAUCUAGAUUCUCACCAUGUGUUCCACGUGCCCUCGAGACUCUGUCUUAAAGACGGAGCAGCUGUGAUCGUGGCAUAUGCAACCUCUCUCUACUGUCUCAGGGACGUGGCCCAUCUCCAACCCGGUGAAUCAAUUCUUAUCCAUUCUGCCGCUGGGGCUGUAGGUCAAGCAGCAGUGGCAGUGGCAAAGUACCUGGGCGCCGGCAGCAUCUUUGUCACAGUGGGAAAUGACGAGAAGCGUGCUCUCAUCAAAGAAAAAUUUGGGAUUGAAGACAGUAACAUCUUCUCCAGCCGGGACCUUGAUUUUAGUCGCGGAGUUCGCUCCCAAACCAAAAAUCAAGGCGUCGAUGUAGUGCUGAACUCAUUGAGUGGGGACGCGCUGAACGAGACAUGCAGUACCCUUGCGCCAUUUGGACGGUUCAUCGAAAUCGGUAAAAGAGACCUCGAGAGAAACGGGCGACUGGAGAUGAAGCCCCUUGCCAAAAACAUUACUUUCGCCGUUGUGGACCUUGUAUCUCUAGCCACCAGUCGGCCCAUGGUAUUCCAAAAAGUGGUUCAGGACGCCCUAGAAAUUGCCAGCUCCCCGAACCUUCCGCUCUUGGACCCUAUUACCGUCAAACCGGCCGCUGGACUGGAGGAUACCUUCCGUCUGAUGCAGGGUGGAAAGCACACAGGAAAGCUCUUGAUAGAGCUCAGCCCUGAUAUGACGCUCAAAGUGCAGCCUCCAACUCCGCCGCCAGCGGUCCUACGCCGAGACGGCUCGUACCUGGUAGUCGGGGGUACCGGCGGAGUUGGCAGAGCUUUGGUACGAUACCUGGCCGGUCUGGGCGCAGGUCAAAUCAUCACCCUAUCGCGAUCAGGAGAUGAUUCUCCACACAUGAAGGAGCUGUUAAAGGAGCUUUCUCCUGGUGACACUACUCUCACUGUCAUUCGCGGCAGUGUUGCUGAUCCAACGGCGCUGGAGAGAGUCAAAGAGGCCACACAAGAUAUCCCACUGCGCGGCAUCAUCCAAGGCGCCAUGGUCGUGGAGCACACGUCUUUCAAAGAAAUCACACUCAAGAAGUGGACCGAGAUAAUCCAUCCCAGGGUCCAGGGCACCAUCCACCUCUCCAAAACACUCACUUCAAACCUGGAUUUCUUCAUAGCACUAUCCAGCAUCAACGGCAUAAUAGGCGCCCCGACACUAAGCAGCUACUGCGCUAGCAACACCUUCCUCGAUGCCUUCGCGCGAAACCGCGCAUCUCACGGCCUCCCAGCACUCAGCAUCGACAUCGGAAUGGUCGCCGAGGAAGGUACCGUCGCGGAAGACGAGCGUAUCGCCAAUUUCGAACGCCGCCUAGGCCUCCGCCCACACACACUCGGCCAACUUCUCGCAGUAAUCAACUACGCCAUCAACAACCCAAUCGCCCGCACACCCGCAGAAGCCCAGAUCCUCUGCGGCGCUAGACGUGAAGACCCAGGCUCCGGCUCCGAAGAAGCCCUGCGCCAACGACGCGACGCUAAAUUCUCGCACAUUUACCAGAAAAUUACUGAAGAUCAGGCUGAGGUAGCUGGCGGUAAGCAGGGGGGGUUCGAUAUGCAGGCUGCGAUGCGGGCUGCUGAAUCCCCUGAGACGGCGACGAGUGUCACGCUGCGCGCGCUACAGGAGAAGAUUGCGCAGUUGCUAAUUCUUCCUGAAGAGAAUUUACAGGUAGGUCGUUCGGUGGCCAGCUAUGGGUUGGAUUCGCUUGUUUCAGUGGAGUUGCAGAAUUGGGUUUCCCGAGUUAUGGGGGGGCAUGUGCGGACAUUUGAGUUGAUGAGUUCUAUGUCAAUGGUGCAAUUGGCGGAAACGAUCGCGAGGCGGUCGCGAUUGGUUACAGCUGGGGUUUUUGGGGAUGCAUGA